AUGAAAAAUUCUUAUUAAUAAAUUCAGAAAUAAAGUUCAUUAGCCAAAAAGACUAAGAACAUCUAAAGAGGGAAAUAUAAAAAAAUUCCUGUUUGGCUAAAGGUCGAGAUUAUGAACUGUUUGAUCAAUCUUGAAUGGAGUUUGGAUGAGGUAGCGAAUUUUUUCUAAGUUAACAAAGAGACCAUUAGAUCUCAUUACAAAAAUUAAAAAAAAAAGCCUCUUUAUUCUGAACUACAGUGUUAUUUAGUUAAGAAAUACCUAACUGAGCAUAAUUAUGAAUCACCCUAGGAACAAGAAAAAAUUUUUAAAUACAUUAAACAGAAAAUCGAUGAUUCCGCAAAUGAUCAUCAAUUGUAAGAAAUUUUAAAAGUUAUUAAUAUUAAAAGAUUAGAAUCUAAAACUAAGAAAAAAAACCCACCAAUUUAGUUUACAUCAAAAAAUCGCAGAAUCAUUUAUAAAAUUUCCUAAUAUAUAAAAUUAGCCGGGGCAGCGGCUAAAAAAGAUACUGUUUCAAUAAAUAUUGAUGAAAUGAUAAAAAAAGAUUUCUAUUCUAAUUUUCUAUACCAAUAUAUUUCCUACGAUCCAUAAUUUGCAAAUCAAAUUUAAAAUGAUACCGAAUUUAAUUCAAGUUAAGAAGAAUAAGAAGAACCUUUAACCGACACAAGACUAUUUAUCACACGAAGAGAAUGAAGUAUAUUAAAAAAAAU